AUGUUCAUAAGGAUUUUGGGGAAGAAAGAAGCCAAAAGUGUACCAAGUAAGAAACCAUCAAAAGAUGGUGAAGACAGCAAUAAGAAAGGAUCCAAAGAAGGAGGGAAAGACAAGGAAGUAAACGUUGAUGAUGCACAUGAUCGGGAAUUAGCAGUGGCUGAUGAUCGAGAUAAAUAUGCCCUGGCAGAUGAUGCUGCGGGAGGCGAAAAGGACGACGAUGAUAAAGAUGGUGAACAAGAAGGAGCAGCAGGAGGAGAAGGACAAGGAGAUGCUGGAAGUGGAGUACCUGCUGGUGCUUCUGGAGGAGCAAGUGGCGCUAGUGAACUUGGGAAAGACCAAAGUGCAUACAUCGCAGGACAAAAUGCCGGUGGUUCCGGAACCAGUGGUGCUGGAGCUGGUGGAGGUUAUGGUGCUGGAGCCGGCUGUGCGAGUGAGUAUGGUGCUAGUGGAUUUGGAAAAGACAGGAGUACAUACUGCGCCGCAGGACGAGGUGGCGGUGGUUAUGGAGGGGGUGGUGCUGGAGGAGGCUCUGGAGCUGGAGGUGGAGGAGGCUCUGGCUCUGGUGCUGGUGCAGGAAGUGCGAGUGUAUAUGGCGCCGGUGGAGUUGGGAAAGACAGAAGUUCAUACUUCCUCGCAGGACAAGGCAGCGGUGGUUACGGAGGAAGUGGUUCUGGAGCUGCUGGAGGCUCUGGAGCUGGAGGUGGAGGAGGCUCUGGCUCUGGUGCUGGUGCAGGAAGUGCGAGUGUAUAUGGCGCCGGUGGAGUUGGGAAAGACAGAAGUUCAUACUUCCUCGCAGGACAAGGCGGCGGUGGUUACGGAGGAAGUGGUUCUGGAACUGCUGGAGGCUCUGGAGCUGGAGGUAGAGGAGGCUCUGGUGCUGGUGCAGGAAGUGCGAGUGUAUAUGGCGCCGGUGGAGUUGGGAAAGACAGAAGUUCAUACUUCCUCGCAGGACAAGGCGGCGGUGGUUACGGAGGAAGUGGUUCUGGAGCUGCUGGAGGCUCUGGAGCUGGAGGUGGAGGAGGCUCUGGCUCUGGUGCUGGUGCAGGAAGUGCGAGUGUAUAUGGCGCCGGUGGAGUUGGGAAAGACAGAAGUUCAUACUUCCUCGCAGGACAAGGCGCCGGUGGUUACGGAGGAAGUGGUUCCGGAGCUGCUGGAAGCUCUGGAGCUGGAGGUAAAGUAGGCUCUGGUGCUGGCGCAGGAAGUGCAAGUGCGUAUGGCGCCGGUGCUUUUGGAAAAGACAGAAGUUCAUACUUCCUUGCAGGACAAGGUGCUGGUGGUUAUGUAGGAAGCGGUGGAGGGUCUGGAGCAAGCAAAGGGUCUGGUGCUGGUGUGGGAGGUGCAAGCGUGUAUGGCGCUGACGCUUCAGGGAAAGAUAGGAGCUCGUAUUUUAUGCCAGGACAAGUUGGCGGUAGUUACGCAGCAGGAAGCGGUGGAUCAGGCGUCAAAGGUGGUUUUGGAGCCAGCGGAGGGUCUGGUGCUGGUGCGGGAGGUGCGAGCGUGUAUGGUGCUGAUACUGCAGGAAAGGAUAGAAGUGUAUACUUCGUGCCAGGACAUAUGGCAGGUAGUGGUACAGGAGCAUCUGGAGCGAAAACUACUGGAAGUGCAGGACUUAACUUGAGCAGUCAAAGUAUUUACAUGAUGUCUGGUGCCCCACAAAGUGGAGGGAGUGGAGGAAGUAAAGGAAUUGGAGGAACUGGAAGUGUUCCUACUGCUAGUAAUACUACCAGCGUCUACUUCACGAGAUAA